GGGAUUCCGAGGCGGGGCGUCCAGCGGUGCACCUCGGCGGGAGGCGGACGACUUCCGGCAAUAAUUGGACGCUGCAGCUCGGUGCUGUUGGUGGCUGUCACGUCUAAAAGGGACCAGCAGGAGAACUAUGCCAUUUCUGGGUCAGGACUGGAGAUCCCCUGGAUGGAGCUGGAUUAAAACCGAGGAUGGAUGGAAAAGAUGUGACUCUUGUAGCCAAGAGCUCCAAAGUGAGAAUGGCCAGUACACCAUCAACCACAGCAUUAUUUUGAAUAAUGGUGAAGAAGAAAUAUUCAAUAAUGAGUGUGAAUAUGCAGCCAAGAAGAGGAAGAAGGAACAUUUUGGAACUGACACAGCUGCUCACAGUUUUUAUCGUGAAAAAUGGAUCUAUGUCCAUAAAGAAAGCACAAAAGAAAGACAUGGCUACUGUACCCUGGGAGAAGCCUUCAACCGGCUAGACUUCUCAAGUGCAAUUCAGGAUAUUAGAAGGUUCACAUACGUGGUCAAACUGCUGCAGCUGAUUGCCAAGUCCCAGCUGACCUCACUGAGUGGAGUGGCGCAGAAGAACUACUUCAACAUCCUGGAUAAAAUCGUGCAAAAAGUUCUUGAUGACCAUCAGAAUCCUCGCCUUAUCAAAGACCUUCUCCAAGACUUGAGCUCUACACUUUGCAUCCUUGUUAGAGGGGUGGGGAAAUCUGUCUUAGUGGGAAACAUCAACAUUUGGAUUUGCCGCUUAGAAACUGUUCUCAGCUGGCAACAGCAGCUGCAGAAUCUUCAGAUGACUAAGCAGGUAAACUCUGGCCUCACACUCAGUGACCUGCCCUUGCACAUGCUGAACAACAUCCUGUACCGUUUCUCAGAUGGCUGGGACAUUGUCACGCUGGGCCAGGUGACACCAACCCUGUACAUGCUCAGUGAAGACAGGCGGCUGUGGAAGAAACUAUGUCAGUACCACUUUGCUGAGAAGCAGUUUUGUAGACACUUGAUCCUUUCAGAAAAAGGUCAUAUCGAAUGGAAGUUGAUGUAUUUUACACUUCAGAAAUAUUAUCCAACUAAAGAGCAGUAUGGAGACACUUUACAUUUCUGUCGGCACUGCAGCAUCCUCUUUUGGAAGGACUCGGGACACCCCUGCACCGCUGCUGACCCUGACAGCUGCUUUACACCUGUGUCCCCCCAGCAUUUCAUUGACCUCUUCAAGUUUUAAUGGUGCCCUCAGCCAUGUGCCCUUGUCCGCAGUUGUCCCUUGUGCUCUCUGUGUGUCGUGUAGUUGGUGUAAGUAUUCUUUGACACAAAGUGAUGACAGGGUCUGUGACUGACUGUACCUGUGCGGCCCUUCUUCCGGAAGAACCCGAGAGGACACGGAAGACGCUCUGGCAGUUGUGCGGCAUCAGUGAGAGUGGACAUCUCAAAGCCACUCACGCUUCUUUCCUGAAACUCUUCUCAGCAUAUCAAAUUUGCAAUUUUGUAUAUUUUUAAAUCUGGAUCAGAAAAGGUUUUGGAUAUUCAGCCCCACAUUCUGUGUUGAACUGACACAAACAACAGAAAUAUGUUUCUUAGUUGUCAAAUGAUAGUUUUCCAUCUUCUAAUAAUUGGGAUGAAGAACAAAACAGUUGGUCCUUGUAAAUACAUUAUGCAGAAUAUUUAUUUUUCUUAAAAUGUAUUUUCACAACCUCUGUGGCUGUGCCCAAAUGAGUCCUCAUUGAAUACCAGAUAAACCGAGGAACAAGGUUGGCAUGCUCUAUCUCACUACAGUGGGUAGGACUGGGAACUGGGUGUACUGUCCAUGGCUAGUAGCACUGGUCUCUUGUGUUCCUGGGAACCCCUGCCAUGAGGCCAUCAUACAUCCUUACAUGGAUGUGGGCUCCAAACCACCACAGAGCCUCUGCCAAGGAGUUGGAAACAGUCCAGAGAGGCCUGAACUUGAUGUGUAGAAAUUACUUUCAUGAGUAAAGUAAUAAACCAUGUUUAUCUACUGAUUCAGCCUCA